AUGAGCGGUCUCUUCCUACUAUGCCUACACCUCUUGGCGGUUGUCGUAAUCGCCGAUACUGGAGGAUGUGUUCCUGAUUCAUUGACUGGAAAUGGUUUCAAAGUCAACUUCUAUAGAUACGGAUUGAACGACCCAGUCGGAUGGACUAAAGGUUUCUUCGAAACUGGAUACAAGGCAAAUGGAAUAUUUGCAUCUUUGCCAAUCGUAUCAGACAUCAACUUCCUGUUUGAUGCUGUUUUCAACAAGGUGGUGAGUGGAACCAUCUAUGGCGUACCCCUUUCCAUUUCCAACUACACCAUUGAACUCUCUGGUUUUUUUUUGCCUCAGGUCUCUGGAGACUACACCUUCUAUUUGAAUGCAGAUAAUGGUGCCUCUUUGCAAUUUGGUGCGGGAACUUCCUGCUGUAAUGACCCAUUGGGUAGUAUCACAGGAGACUUCAGUAUCGACACUUUGGGUCCUGCUGGUGGUGGUGGUAAUGUGGAUGCAAAUAGUAAUACUGCUACCUUCUCUUUGGUUGCUGGCACCUAUUAUCCUAUCAAGAUUGUCACCUUUAAUUGGCUGGGUAAUGGUGGUCUCAAAUUAUACUACAUUGAUCCAAACAAUAACCAAGUUUCUACCUUUUCCAAUGUUGUUUACCAAGCCACAUUCUCCGAUGGUGCCUGCUUUACAACUGUCACCACCACUUGGGGCAACGUCUUUUCUUCGACAACGACCAUCACAAAUCAUCAGAUGAACACCGUCUUGGUUGGUGUGCCAAGUUCUACCACCACCUUGACAACUACAUGGAGUGGCUCCAGAACUUCUACAACAACGGUAGGAGGAAGUGAUGGAACUAGGACUGUAAUUGUUGAAGUUCCAAGUUCUACCACCACCUUAACAACUACAUGGAGUGGCUCCAGAACUUCUACAACAACGGUAGGAGGAAGUGAUGGAACUAGGACUGUAAUUGUUGAAGUUCCAAGUUCUAUCACCACCUUGACAACUACAUGGAGUGGCUCCAGAACUUCUACAACAACGGUAGGAGGCAGUGACGGAACUAGGACUGUAAUUGUUGAGGUUCCAAGUUCGACCUUUUCUACAACUACUACUUGGAGUGGCAAUUAUCUCACAACAAUUACUAUUCCAGGUACAGAUGGAACUCAAACAGUAAUUGUGGAAGUCCCAAGUUCGACUACCACCUUUCAACUGACCUGGGAUCAAGACUACACUUCAACUGUUACUAUUCCAGGUGCAGAUGGAACUCAAACAGUAAUUGUGGAAGUCCCAAGUUCGACUACCACCUUUCAACUGACCUGGGAUCAAGACUACACUUCAACUGUUACUAUUCCAGGUGCAGAUGGAACUCAAACAGUAAUUGUGGAAGUCCCAAGUUCGACUACCACCUUUCAACUGACCUGGGAUCAAGACUACACUUCAACUGUUACUAUUCCAGGUGCAGAUGGAACUCAAACAGUAAUUGUGGAAGUCCCAAGUUCGACUACCACCUUUCAACUGACCUGGGAUCAAGACUACACUUCAACUGUUACUAUUCCAGGUGCAGAUGGAACUCAAACAGUAAUUGUGGAAGUCCCAAGUUCGACUACCACCUUUCAACUGACCUGGGAUCAAGACUACACUUCAACUGUUACUAUUCCAGGUGCAGAUGGAACUCAAACAGUAAUCAUCGAAGUACCGAGGUCAACAUUCACAGAGACUCUUACUUGGUCUGAAACAUAUGAAUUCACAACCACUAUGCCGGGGCCAGGCGGAAGAGUCGACCUCAUCAUAUACGUUACAAUCCCUACUCCAUAUUCGAGCGAGCAGAGUUUACGGGAAGAGUUGCUGACCUUCGACGCUCCUGACGAAACUUCAUCUUUGUUCUCAGAUCCUGUUCCAACUCCUGAAAAGGUGAGUUCUGCAAUUUCAGAAUCUUCCGGAUUCGAAUUGUCAUUGUCAGCUGAAACUUCAUCCACAGCCACACUUGAAACUUCUUCUACUUUAAUUGAUGAAAGUCUUUCAUCCUCUUCGCGAGAAUCUUCAGCUAGUCCUUCUUUUUCAGCCAGUUCCUCGGGCAUUGUCGAGACUUCAUCCGAAGCAUAUGGAUCAUCGCAUCUAGAAUUGUCCCAUUCCUCGAAGCAGGAACUGGCAUUCUCAUCGGCUGCCCCACUGCAUUCAGUUGAUGGAGACUAUUCUAUUAAUAGCCAGACAUCAUUCACCGCCGAGACUAACGAUGCUUUAUCUUCAUCUGUCAAUGGAGACUCGUCUUCUUCCAGUGAGUUAUUCUUCUCUGCAACUGCAUCUCAGAAUUUUUCUGCUACCGGGAACAUUGCUUCGUCAAUCAGUGAAGAUUCUUCAGUUGAUAGCUAUGGUUCCUCCACUUCUGAAGAAGAAUUGAUAACUUCAUCUGAUCUGCCUUCGUCAUCAGCAAAUGAGGAGCUGGAUGUGAUCUUCAACCAUUCCUCGGAAUUGAGUUCUGGUGUUCUCUCCUCCUCAGUGGUUAAGUCAUUCUCCGCGUCUUCAGACGUAAGCGAACUGUCUGUUUUGUCUGUGAGUAAGACAGCGAUAUUUGUUGCUCCAACCACCUUGUCUUCUGCUGCUAUUCAAGAAAGUUUCGAGUCUUAUGUCACAUCUAGUGAAGAGAAUUCUGAUCCUGGUGCUCCUCAUAGUGACUAUUUGUUCGAAUCUGAGUCACACUUCAGCCAAAGCUUUGCCUCUUCUGAUUCUAUUGACUUUACUACCCAUGAAGUUUCUUUAGUAUCAGGUUACGUUUCUGACGCUAAGCCAUUAAGUGAGGCUAUCUCUGCUGUGGAAGUCGAUUCGUCUUCUCUAAUAUCUGGCCCCUACGAGACCGAGCGCUCCUUUACGUCAGAAUCUGUACUGUGGACUUCAAGUGCUUUGAUUCAGACCGACCCUGAUUUGGGCACUGCAGUUUCAUCUAUCCUGUCAACUUCUACGGAUGAAAUUAAUUGGUCUACUGAUUCGAGCUUUCAAGAUCUCUCGAUCUCGGACAACUUGUCGACUGCUUCUUCUGUCGAAUCUCCAUCGAGUAAAGAUGAGACUUUUUCAAGUUCGGUGUUAAGAGAGCUAGAAACUUCCAUUACAGCUUCCUCUAGUGCUUCUCUUUCUGCAGAAUUGACUUCCUCGGGUCUGGGUCAUUUAGCUUCUGUUUCCCUAAAUUUGUCCGAACUGGUAUCAGUCGAGAAAAAAUCGUCACUUCACAUUUCAUUUGUUACCUCUGACUUAUCAGCAUCAGAUUUUACAUCAAUUGUUACAAGCGAUUCUGAAACUAGUGAUCACUUUUCCCGGGGUUAUCAUGCCCCAAGCUCAUCAGUGUCUGUGUCCACUGCGUCAGAUGAAGAAGUGACCGAUACAAUACUUCCGCGAACGUUGAUGGGACCAUCAACUGUGGUUAGUAAUUACCCUGGCUGGCAACUAACUUCUGAAGCGUUGCCUGAUUCAACAUCUGGCAUAUCUAGCGACACCAUUUCGGAUACUGAGAUCUCCACGUCCUCGUAUACCAUGGUAACAGAAGCUUCAAUAUCGCAUUCUUCAGUUGACAAUUAUUUAAUAUCUGGCAGCUUUACUUCUAGCUCUUCAAUUUCUAAUUCGGUAAGUUCCGCGUCUGAUUCUGCCAUUUCUGAGUCCUUUAUUUCAGAGUCAUCAUUUCAAGGGUCUUUCGUCUCUGACUCCACUUUUUUGGAGUCCCGCCCCUCACUUCCAUCAAUAUCACUUCCAUCAGACUCUUCAAUUUCUGGUUUCUCAGAGUCUGGUUCUGAAGUAUCGGUAGCCUCGACUUCUGACACUUCAGUAUCUGAUUCUUUGGUUUCUGAAUCUUUAGUAUGCACGUUAUCUGGUUUUCCACAAAGUGACUCCUUGGUAUAUAGUUCAGAUCUCGAUUCUUCAUUCAUCGGGGGGACCGUUUCCAAGGAAACAGGUUAUCUGCCCUCGCAUGAUCUUGAUUUAGACUCAUUUCUGUCUGCAUACUCUGUUUCGAUUGAAGAGACUGAAUCUAUAAGCAUCUACUAUCCACACUCCGUGGACGGUCCAUAUUACGUUGUCAGCGAGUACUCAGGUUGGCCAAUAGUGUCCUUGACUUCGAUACUCACUGACUUGGCUACUGAUGACGCACCUAAUCCAACGCUGUCUGAUCCACUAUCUGAUCCUACACUGUCUGAUCCAGCUCUGUCUGAUCCAGCUCUGUCUGAUCCAACGCUGUCUGAUCCAGCUCUGUCUGAUCCAACGCUGUCUGAUCCAGCUCUGUCUGAUCCAACGCUGACUGAUCCUACACUGUCUGAUCCUACACUGUCUGAUCCAGCUCUGUCUGAUCCAGCUCUGUCUGAUCCAACGCUGUCUGAUCCAGCUCUGUCUGAUCCUACACUGUCUGAUCCUACACUGUCUGAUCCAGCUCUGUCUGAUCCAACGCUGUCUGAUCCAACGCUGUCUGAUCCAGCUCUGUCUGAUCCAACGCUGUCUGAUCCAGCUCUGUCUGAUCCAGCUCUGUCUGAUCCAACGCUGUCUGAUCCUACACUGUCUGAUCCAGCUCUGUCUGAUCCAACGCUGUCUGAUCCAGCUCUGUCUGAUCCUACACUGUCUGAUCCAACGCUGUCUGAUCCAACGCUGUCUGAUCCAGCUCUGUCUGAUCCAACGCUGUCUGAUCCAGCUCUGUCUGAUCCAACGCUGUCUGAUCCAACGCUGUCUGAUUCAGCUCUGUCUGAUCCUACACUGUCUGAUCCAGCUCUGUCUGAUCCAACGCUGACUGAUCCUACACUGUCUGAUUCUUUCCUUCCCGACUCCUCUGUACUUGUUUCGCCUGCGGAGACUAAAUCUACAAGCAUUUACUAUCCACACUCCGUGGACGGUCCAUAUUACGUUGUCAGCGAGUACUCAGGUUGGCCAAUAGUGUCCUUGACUUCGAUACUCACUGACUUGGCUACUGGUGACGCACUUAAUCCAACGCUGUCUGAUCCAUCGCUGACUGAUCCAUCGCUGACUGAUCCUACACUGUCUGAUCCAACUCUGUCUGAUUCUUCCCUUCCCGACUCCUCUGUGCUUGAUACAUCUGCUUCAAACUUGCUCGUUCCAGGUUCCUCAUCCCCUGCUUAUUCUGAUCCUUCAGAGCCUACUACUUCAUCGGUGUACGGCUCUCAAGUAUCAGGAUCUAAAACCUCAGUGCAAAUUGAUUCCGACAUAGCUGGCUAUUCCUCAUUUGACUUUGUUUCUAGCUCGCGUAUGCCUGAUUAUUCUGUUUCGUCUGUGAAAACUGAAUCAACAAGCAUUUAUUAUCCACAUUCCGUGGAUGGUCCAUACUCUGUGGUCAGUGAGUACUCAGGUUGGCCAAUAACUUCCUCCACUUCAAAUUCUGCCUCAGAUACUUCUCAGCUGACGUCUAGCUUGAGUUACAUUGCGUCUUUCUCAAAGAGCUCAAUCGAAAACCAACUUGGCGAUCUGUCAACAGUGGAUUUAAGUAUUCCGACCGCCUUCCAUCUGUCACAACUGACUUUGGAUGUGUACAAUAGAGGGGGAUGGAAUAUAUCAUACAGUUUGCCACGUCUGUCCCAAUUCGAUACCUACGAUUCUACUGCGUCAGUUGUCUCAAAUACUGAAAUCAGGCAGACCGCCCUCAUUGGUGAAGACUCUGUUUCGUCAGACCCCCUAAAUGCUGCGAGCACAACAAAUGGAAACAGCAUUCCUACUGGAGUCAAUUUAGAUGCCGAUAGGUCCUCGCUCGGCGAAUUAACGAGUAGCUUCAGUGAAAGUGCCAAUGAGCAUUGCUCGUCUGUCGAAAGUGGUUCGCUUAGUGAGAGCUCAUCCUUCCCAUCUGCAACCGAUGGCAUCGAUUCACGUGCUUCCAAUAUUGUAGUUGCAGACACAUCAACUGACCUGAGUUUCUCCCUGUCAAAGUUCACAGGUGUUGACAUAACGCACGUCAUAGAAUCCCUGAAUAUUUCGGGAACAGGAGUUCCGAAUAGCCUGGAAGAUUCUAUCUAUCAUUCCACGGCUUCCGUCUCUGGUAACACGUUGGCAGUUUCUGCAAGUACUAAAUCAGGAUCUGGUGAAUCUACGGAAGUCGAUCGAAGCUCGGCUACAAUAAUUGCUCCUCUGAAUCUUGCUAGUACUGUUUCCACGUUGCUUGUUCAUUCCGAUGGAGGAGACAAUUCUGGGGCUAAUACAGAAAUUGGACACAAUGUGAGCGGAGAUCACAAUAAGACUCUGACUAGCGAUAGCAAAUUACCAAGCGCCACGAAGACUGAGAGAACUCAUGCCUCGAGUUUGUCAUUUGAUAUCGCCAUUUCCGCGUCGUCGGACACACAUCUUCUUUUGAGCUUGAGUGGUAGCAUCCGUCUCUCUGAUACCGAUUAUUCGGAAGAAACGGCUUACGCGUCUGAUGUUACGAUCGCAACUGAAGCUUUGCAGAAUGGUACUACAAGUACCCCUUCAGUUGGCGAAGCUAGCGACACCAAUAAAGCUGAUGCUGGCAAUUCCUCAAAAUCAAACAGAACCAAGACAAUCACCAUUCCAAAGUCAAGAUUGCUGUCAGACGUUGAUUUUUCGUCUCCGACAAACAAUGCACAGAACUCUCAAGAAUUUGGUGUUACUACUCAAAGUGUGCAUGAUGGUCCUUCUCAGACUGUUAAUUCGGGCUCUCAAGCUAAUAGUGGCAACCCCGUGGUCGAAGUCGCUUCCUCAGGAGCUUCAGUUGUAAGUCCAAACAUUGUUUUCUACGUUUUGAUCAUGCUAUUCGUGUCACUUCCAUGGUUAAUCUUGUGA